CGGACCACCGGCUGGGCGUGGGCCUAAGGACGCGGGUCCGGCCCGCCCCCGCAGCGCCAUUGGCCACGUCUAUACAGAAAAGGGCUCCCGGCGGGGCCCCCGCAGUGUCUCUUGGUCAACCUCGGGCACUGGAUCUCGUUGCACUUGGACUGGUCCUGAGCGAAGGCGGCGGGUUCGCGCCUGGAAACCCGCGCAGCCCUCGGGGCAUCUCCGGGCUCGCUCCCCACCCCUAGUCGAGGGUAGCGGAGCGCGGGGCAGGUCUGGAGCGCCAUGAGCAGCCCGGAUGCGGGAUACGCCAGUGACGACCAGAGCCAGUCCCGGAGCUCGCUGCCCCCGGCGAUGGCGGGGCUGGGCCCGUGCCCCUGGGCCGAGUCACUGAGCCCCCUCGGAGACGUAAAGGUGAAGGGCGAAGCGGCGACGAAUAGCGGAGCACCCGCGGGGGCGUCCGGCCGAGCCAAGGGCGAGUCUCGCAUCCGGCGGCCCAUGAACGCCUUCAUGGUGUGGGCUAAAGAUGAGCGCAAGCGUCUGGCACAGCAGAACCCGGACCUGCACAACGCCGAGCUGAGCAAGAUGCUAGGCAAGUCGUGGAAGGCGCUGACGCUGGCGGAGAAGCGGCCCUUCGUGGAGGAGGCCGAGCGGCUGCGCGUGCAGCACAUGCAGGACCACCCCAACUACAAGUACCGGCCCCGGCGCCGAAAGCAGGUGAAGCGCAUGAAGCGGGUGGAGGGAGGCUUCCUGCACGGCCUAGCCGAGCCGCCGGCCGCCGCGCUGGGCCCCGAGGGCGGCCGCGUGGCCAUGGACGGCCUGGGCCUGCCUUUCCCCGACCAGGGCUUCCCCACCGGCCCGCCGCUGCUGCCCCCGCACUUGGGCGGCCACUACCGCGACUGCCAGGGCCUGGGCGCGCCCCCGCUCGACGGCUACCCGCUGCCCACACCGGACACGUCCCCGUUGGAUGGGGUGGAGCCGGAGCCGGCCUUCUUCGCUGCCCCGCUACCUGGGGACUGCCCGGCGGCUGGCACCUACACCUACGCGCAGGUGUCGGACUAUGCGGUGCCCCAGGAGCCGUCCUCGGGCCCCUUGCAUCACCCCCGGCUGGGUCCCGAGCCCGCCGCCGGCUCCGCGAUGUCGGGCCUCCUGGCGCCCCCCAGCGCCCUGCACAUGUACUACGGCGCGAUGGGCUCCCCCGCGGCCGCGGCGGGGCGCGGGUUCCACGUGCAGCCUCCGCAGCAGCUGCCACCCCAACAACAGCAGCAGCAGCACCCCACGCCCGGCCCCGGGCAGCCGUCGCCCCCUCCGGAAGCGCUGCCCUGUCGGGACGGCGCGGACCCCAGCCAGCCCGCCGAGCUGCUCGGGGAGGUGGACCGCACGGAAUUUGAACAGUAUCUGCACUUUGUGUACAAGCCCGAGAUGGGUCUUCCUUACCAGGGACACGACUGUAGUGUGACCCUCCCAGACAACCACGGGGCCAUUUCCUCCGUGGUGUCGGAUGCCAGCUCUGCAGUAUAUUACUGCAACUACCCUGACGUUUGACUGGUCCCCAGAAGCCCCAGCCUGCAGGUCAGAAGCACCGUUGCUCCACGCUUCCUGGAAGAGCAAAGGAAAUCCUUAGCGUCAUGUUUCUUUUUUUCCUUUUUUUUUUUUUGAAGUUGCCUUCGCACAUAAUUUAUGGUAAUUUAUUUUGUCUGCCACUUGAACAGUUGGGGGGGAGGUGUUAUGGGAAGCUUUGUUUUAACCUAUAUUCAGGGACUUGUUCUCCAUCGUGUUAUCAUCCAAACCUGGUUUGUUUCCAAUCUCCUUCAAGUAGCCCAGUUUUCAUGUGUCUAAAUACAACUUGCUCCAUUUCUUGGAAAGUAUUGAUCAAAGAAAUUUUGUCCCGCAUGUUUUUU